GAACCGACUAAUUCGUGAGGUUAAUGGUGAUUGGCGGUGGGCAUGAAGACUGCGGCCAAAAGCUGAAACCAGGUUAACAAGAAAAGACGGUUAGGAUUGAACGUUUAUAGCCAAUAGAUGGGAGGAAAGUAAUAGCUGGAUUGGGCAGACAGAAACCAAUAAAUUGAUUUACAGACCAAACCAUGGGCCCCCCUUGUUCUGCAAGAGCUACUAUUGGACAAGAUCUCAUGAAAUCCAUGGAUUUUAUUUAACCUUUUCACUGCACAUUACACAAAGGAAAGAGAAAGUCUAUAAAUUUUAUGCGUCCCGCGAGAGUGACACAUUAAGGAAUCUCUGUCCACAAGUUGCAGUGAAAAUCGCUUGUUUUCGUGAAUUCUCCUCUCUGCUCUCUCCCUUUUCUUCCUUCGUUUCUAUCCAUUCUGCUUUUGCCGCCUUCGCCUUCGCCUUCUCCUUUUUAACGUAACAAGAGGAAGAAGAACAAAGUGGUCUCGAUUCUAAAAUGGUGGCGGUCGUAGAUUCUAAUGCUAAUUCGAACGUGGGGCAGCUGAAUUCUGGUGGAAAUGAAACUACUAUUUUAAAUGGAACGAUUUCAAGAACCAGUAGUGGCUUCUUCUCUCCAACAAUGACGGAGGAGCCCUGCAUUUCUUGUACCACUUUCAAUAUCCUGGCUCCAAUCUACAAGCGGCUCGAUCACCAGAACCAAAACAUCCGUGAAAGCGAUUUCAGGGCAUUCUGGUUCACCAGGAAUCAGAGGAUUUUGAAUUGGUUACUCUUCGAAAGGUCUUCCAUUAUAUGUCUCCAGGAAUUCUGGGUCGGCAGUGAAGAACUCGUGCAUGUGUAUCAGGAGAGGCUUGGUGUUGCAGGCUAUAUAACCUUCCAGCUUGCCCGGACCAACAACCGAGGAGACGGCCUGCUAACUGCUGUGCAUAAGGACUACUUCAGGGUUCUAAAUUAUCAAGAGUUGCUCUUCAAUGACUUUGGAGACCGUGUUGCUCAGCUACUGCAUGUUCAGUCAGCUGUGCCCCUUGUGCAAAACCAAAAUGGCGAUACUCAACAAGAAUUUCUUGUUGUGAAUACUCAUCUUUUGUUUCCUCAUGAUUCUAGUCUAUCUAUUGUGAGAUUGCAUCAGGUUUGCAAAAUACUACAGUAUGUGGAAACAUAUCAGAAAGAAAACAAACUAAGCCAUAUGCCUAUCAUUCUCUGUGGGGAUUGGAAUGGAAGCAAGCGUGGGCACGUGUACAAAUUCCUUAGGUCCCAGGGAUUUGUUUCAUCAUAUGAUAUUGCUCAUCAAUAUACCGACAGUGAUGCAGAUGCUCACAAGUGGGUUAGCCACAGAAAUCAUAGAGGUAACAUUUGUGGUGUUGAUUUCAUAUGGCUUCGUAAUCCCAUCAAAUCGGGGAAGCUGCUGAAGACAAGUUGGGCUGAAGCAGUGUUUGGAAUAAUAAAGUGUCAACUUCUGAAAGCUUCGCUGAAUGAAAAUGAUGCAUUUGCAUUUUUUAAGGCUGAUGAACCUGGUGAUUAUAUAACAUAUUCAGCUUUCUGUGAAGGACUCCGCCAGGUAAAUUUGAUUGGUCUCCCUUGUGGAUUGAGUUUCCAGCAGAUAAAAGAUCUAUGGAUACUAGUAGACAAUGAUGGAAAUGGCAUCGUUGAUUAUGAAGAAUUUAAGAGGAUAUGGAACUCAGCAUGUCAAGUGGAAGAUUCUGCUGCAAGUACAGACACUGAGCCAGGCGUAGAAGAAGAAGCUAUCGGCUUCACUGUAAAAAAUGCAUUUCUUUUCCCCCGUGAAGCAGAGAAAGGGAUGUGGCCUGAAAAUUAUUCUCUCUCUGAUCAUGCUCCACUCACUGUUGUGUUUUCACCAGUAAGAAUAAUGCAUAGCUCUCAGAAAAUCUUAUAAUCAACAAUGGCACACCCGUGGAUCAAACUAGCACAAAAUGACGUGUAGGGUAGAGUCCAGAGUUUGUAAAUGACAAACAAAUAACUGUGCAUAGUUCAUAGAUAUCCCUUGUUGGUUGUCUGUCUUGGUGGAUUAAAUUUUCCAAGUUUUGUAACUCGUUGCGCUCUAGGCUCAGCCAAAUUUUUCAGGCCGAGGACUAUGUAUCUAAAAUUUCAAUUGUAAUGUGAAUUGUGAAAUGCUUAAAGAAAAA